GUUGCCAUGCUUUCGUAAACAACAAGUUUUUCCUCAAUUUCCACGUCAAACAGUCUUUAAGAAUGAAUCAACCCUACGCAAUUCACGUUCCUAUGCAUGCGCUCUUGGCUAAAAAUUCCACGCGACCUUCGCAUUAACACAUUUUCUGCCAGAGCAGAGUGCCAAUAUUUUCUGUUUGUGUUAGUGCGUGAAGACGGCAGGUAGUUAUUAUCUAACACUGCCAGUGUUCAAUUUCCCAAAACAUGGCAGCCAAAGUGCCCAACGUACAAACAAAAGCAGGCCACCCUAUUCCCAUUUUUGGUCUGGGAACCUGGAAGUCUAAGCCGGGAGAAGUUGCUCAAGCUGUGAAGGACGCAAUCGAUAUCGGUUAUCGCCACUUCGACUGCGCCCACGUCUACGGCAACGAAAAAGAAGUGGGUGAAGGCAUCAAAACGAAAAUUGCAGAAGGCGUUGUGACCAGAGCGAAUCUUUUCAUUACCAGUAAACUAUGGAACACGUACCACCGCCCAGAUAUGGUAGAACCAGCCCUCCGGAAAACCCUCAGCAAUUUGGGUUUGGAGUAUCUCGAUCUUUACCUCGUCCACUGGCCCUUCGCCCUCAAAGAAGGCGAUGAACUAUUUCCAGUAGAUGGGUCUGGAAAAGCUGCAUUCAGCGACGUGGACUACGUCGAUACGUGGAAAGCCAUGGAGGAUGUUAAUAAGAAGGGUUUAACCAAACUCAUUGGAAUCUCCAAUUUCAAUAAACGCCAGAUUGAAAGAUUGUUGACAAACGCUACCGUUGUGCCAGCCACCAAUCAGAUUGAGUGUCACCCAUACUUGACUCAGCUGAAGCUUUCUGAAUACUGCAAGUCCAAAGGGAUUACUAUCACGGCUUACAGUCCUUUAGGGUCGCCGGAUAGACCAUGGGCUAAACCGGAAGAGCCGCUGCUUUUGGAGGACCCAAAAAUCAAGGCUAUUGCACAAAAGUACAACAAAACUUCUGCUCAAGUCGUACUGAAGUAUCAGGUGCAAAGAGGACACAUCGUCAUUCCUAAGUCUGUCACGAAAUCAAGAAUUCAGGAGAAUUUCAACAUUUGGGACUUCGAGCUUUCAGAUGCAGAUAUCCAGCAGAUUAACACGUUUGACUGCAAUGGACGAAUUUGCCCAUACAUUGAUGCUACCACCCAUAAAGACUAUCCUUUCUCUGAUGAGUACUAAAUUGGACUGGAGAUCACGAUACGCACAUAAUGAGAUUUAAGUUUAUAUUUUGUAACUUUUGUGGUACUGAAUAAAGUUUACUUUUGAUUUAAA